AUGUCACUUGAUCCAACGGCUAAGGAAGAAUCAGUUCAUUAUCGAAUGCUUUCAGAUUUUAAAACGACGUAUCCUUCCCUGUUAAAUUCUAAUAAUCAAUUGCAUUACGCCGAUUCUCUGAUAUCAUCAUUUAAAGGUCCAAGUACUAUCAAGAGUAAUAACAUUAAUAAUAAUAACAAUAAUAAUACUCAUACAAUGAAUGGAAAUUAUAAUUCAUCAUUACAACAACAACCAGCAGUAAGUGCUACUGCUUCUCAACAACUGUACCCAAAUCAAGCAUAUACUUCAUAUUAUAUGUAUAAUCAACAACCUCCAUUACAAGCCUCAGCAGCUGCUAAUCAACAACUGCAACCUCUGCAACAACCUCAACAACAACAAUACCAACAAUCAAAUAAUGCAGUAGCAGAUCAAGGAUAUGGAUAUGCAAGAUAUCAAACUGGUUAUGCUACUGCCGGUGCUGCUGGUACUGGACCUCAAAAUUAUUCCUUGUACCAACAAACCAUUCCAAAUCAAUUAUCUCAACCUCAGCCUCAACAUUAUAAUCAAAUAAGUUCUAAUACUGGUGCAGCUACAGGUGUAUAUGGUACAGCUUCAAGUGUUCCACCAAAUCCUUCUGCAACCAGUAAUGCUCAAUCAACUCCUAUUCCAGAUACUCUUAAUCCAGCUUCUACUUCAACUAUAGGACAAUUUCAACCUCCUGACAUAAGACCAAGAGUUACCACUACUAUGUGGGAAGAUGAAAAGACCUUAUGUUAUCAAGUUGAUGCUAAUAAUGUCUCAGUUGUAAGAAGAGCUGACAAUAAUAUGAUUAAUGGUACAAAAUUGUUAAAUGUUGCUCAAAUGACUAGAGGACGUCGUGAUGGUAUAUUGAAAUCAGAAAAGGUAAGACAUGUUGUUAAAAUUGGAUCUAUGCAUUUGAAGGGGGUUUGGAUUCCUUUUGAAAGAGCUUUAGCUAUGGCUCAAAGAGAAGGAAUUGUAGAUUUACUUUAUCCUUUAUUUGUACGUGAUAUAAAACGUGUCAUUCAAACUGGUGCAACUCCAUCAACAGCUUCAAAUAAUCCUGCUGCUGCUGCUGCUGUUAAUUCAAAUCCUGCUGCUGCCAAAGCAUCUACCACUCCAAGUACAAAUCCUGUUCCAACCAAUGUGAAUAGUUACUAUCAACAACAAUAUGGUCAACAGUAUGCUCAACAAUAUGCUACUCAAUUAAAUGGAAAUUCAACUCCAGCUACUGCUGCUGGUACUGCAUCUGCUCUUGCAGCUUCUAAAUCUCCUCAACAGCAAUCUGCUGUUCCAUCUACCGCUGCUUCUGCUGAAAAUUAUCAACAAUUACAAUAUCAGCAAGCCAUUGCUCAACAGCAAGCAUAUGGAUAUCAACAACCAUAUUAUGGUGCUACCACCACUGCUGCUGCAACUGUUCCAAACCAAUAUUAUCCUUAUAAUUAUUCUUCAUAUGGUAGUCAGCAACCUGUCUAUUCAGCUUAUGGAUAUCAACAAUUGCCACCACAAAGUCAUCCUCAACAAAUACAACAACAGCAACAACAACAUCAAGUAGCUCAACAACUGCAACAAGCGCAAGCUCAACCUCAACAACUGCAACAACAAACUCCAACUCAUAGUUCAACCCAAUCUCAAACUCAUGUAGUUCCAACUGCAUCUAAUGACCAAAACGUUUCCUCUGCAGCAAAUGGCUCAGAAGAUUCUGUAAAGAAGGAAGAAAAAUAA